ACAGCCGGGAAUGUAUGUCAUCACGCAGCGACGUAUUACGUAAUUUCUUCCAACACUGUCGCCGCUUCCUGGCCGGCGCAGGCAGGCGAUCGCCUCAGGGCCUCAGCAGGUCGGACCGUUAUUCGCUCCUUGUCUCCCUGCUCCUGCACCACAACUACCGCCGAGUGCUGGUGGUCAUGAUGUGCGAGUGAAGCGCCAGGGCUGGGAGGACAAACCUCCACAACACCUUGUUCGUCAGAGCAAGACGGACGGACCCCGAGGCUGUGGUGAUGGUGUUGGACUCAGUGGAAGUCUUCAUGGAUCAUGUUGAGGGGGACCACACUGGGGGCAGCAGCUUGGAGCCAGACAAAGCUGCCAAAACCAGCAGCACCAUCAAAACCAAGCGGAAACAUCAGGCUGGAAGUAGCAAGGUUUCCAAACAGGAAAAAGUGUCGCAGAACGGGUUUGUGGCUCAGACAGAGACUGCCAGAGUAGUAGAGAGGAAGCCAAAAAUGGGUGCCACGGCCAAACAACCUCUUUGUCUCCUGAGCCUGGACAUAACGCCUCAGCGUUUGCGAAGAUCUCAGGACCAGAAGGUAGCCAGGCGCCUCGUGCAACCACCUUGGCGCAGUUCCACCGCCCCACCGCCCCCUAAUCGCAGCCUGACUAGCCCCAGACUGGGCACCCGUGCCUGGAUGCGUCGCAGCGAGAGCUCAUGCUCAGUCAACCACUCCCUGGGGCUAGAUGCCAAAAAGGGUCUAAUGCGACCCGCCACCUCCUUGCCACACAUUGCUAAAAGGACGACAGACCACUCACUGCCUUCCCCAAGCAGGCCAUGCCUGCUUGUUGCCCUCAGACCUUUAAACCUGGAGCAGGAGAAAUACACGUUCUUCCAGUCCGACUUCAAGUACGAGCCUCAGUUCGAGUAUGCCCAGCCUGAGCCGAGGUCCGUUUUGGACAAGUACAGCGAGGGCUCCAGACUUUUCCUCGAACAGGCUGUUGGAAUCAUGGAGUGUGUCCUGAAUAAGUUUGGCUCCUAUGAGACUUUUGUGGAAGUCACAGGUGGUGGUGUGCUUCCUAAAAGUCAAGUGUGGGCCGCAGUGCGCAAAUAUCUGCAGAAGGAAAGUUGUGUGGGUGAGGUUGUGGUACGUCUGUCUGACGAGCUGCUCUCUCAGGCAGUGAUGGUGGUGGAGAGUUGUCGUCCCACUCUGACCAUCAACCUGGCCGGAGCCCGUCAGCACUGGCUGGAAGGGAUGCUGAGACAUGAAAUAGGCACACAUUAUCUGCGAGGGGUCAACAACAGUCUUCAGCCCUGGUCCACCGCAGAAGGCAGGAAGCAGUUUGGCCUCAAGCCGGCUAACCCCACUGAGGAAGGGCUAGCCAGCCUGCACAGUGUGUUGCUACGGAAACAGCCGUACCUUUGGCGUGCGGCUCUUCUUUACUAUACAGUUUUCCAUGCCGGCAAAAUGAGCUUCAGUCAGCUCUUCAGCCACAUUGCACGCUUUGUUAAGGAUCCAGACGUCCGCUGGGAAUACUGCCUGCGCGCCAAGAGGGGACAGACGGACACGUCGCACGCCGGCUGCUUCAGUAAAGACCAAGUUUACUUGGACGGGGUCCUCAAGAUACUUCGCCAUCGGAGGGACAUUGACUUCAAGAUGUUGACUUCCCUGGGAAAGGUGUCCUAUGAAGAUGUGGAGAGGCUACGUUAUUUAGCAGUGACCACCAACGCCAGAAUCCCACAUUUCAUGCGAGAUGAAGACCGCUACCUUCAACACUUGGAUCAGAUUGUCGCCGUCAACAAACUGGACGAUGCGGCGUUGCAACAGAUGCUACCAUGAGCACCAGCACCCGGAUGUUGCUAAUUAUGCGGCACUUCUGAAUAGCACUUCAACUAUUCAGUAUUGGCGCCGCUCUAUCUGAGCAACUUUUGGUACUUGAAGGAUACAAACAAAAACUGAGAAAAACACUACUUUCAUCCAGCGCAAGACUGUAAGACUAUUACACACCACCUCACCCUCACCGGUUCCUGCUAUGAUGUUGCCUCAGUACGCACAACACGCCGUGAAACUAGGCCUGGGCACAUUACACAGUUUAAUGGAUGGCAGAUUGUUCCCCAAUACUAUUGUCAGCAUCGUUUUGAGACCAAAUUAAACAGAAGUGUAAUCAUAAUAUAAUAUACGACAAUAUUAAUAAUGUAACCCUUUCAAACGCAAAAAACUUUUAUCAUUAGUAUUUUUCAUACAAUAAAAAUAAAAAUGACUCUCAAUCUCUGUUAGCAAAAAUUGCUCUUCAAUAAAUAUUAGGCAUUUUGAAAUGCUGUUUUUGUUGCCAUUACUUUCAAACAAAUUCAUGAUACUGGCUCUUUUGACCAUGAUGAUGGGUUCAUUUUGCACAAAGCAAUUUGUCACAAAUUAUCGAGUUAAUUUAUUGUUGGACUAAUAAUCAGCCCAGGCCUUUAUGUCGCUAUACCCUAAAUGUAGUAUUAUUACCACGGGAAUGUCUGUAUAAACUGCUGCUUAUUGAUUUAAGAAUCACGUUAUCCACGCAAAUAUAAUUUUUUUUAAACUUUGUGACGUCAAACUCAAUGUUCCUGGCAGUAGCUGGCAUUGCUUCGAUGUCGUAGAACAUUUUACAAAGGACACUAAGAAUGCUUCAUGUUGUAGUCCAACGAGGCCACACAUCCUUAAAAUAAGUGCCAGUGGCUUGGGGAGGAUUUAUAAUAAUCAGAAUUUUUCAAAGCAGGGAUCAUUGGGCUGAUGGGCCGACAUAGGCCACAAAAACAUUGAGUUAGAAAUAGGAAAAAACAAAAAAGACAUCUUUAAAAAAAAAUAUGUAAAUAACCGUAUUUAAAAAAAAUCCCUUUUAGAAAU